GAUUGAAGAGAUAAUAGGAAGAAGUUGUUUGGUGGUUUAAAUAUGAAGGUGCUGAGUAAUUUGUUAUUGGUGGUGGUUGUACUGGCUGGGAUUUCGAUGCAUUUAACACAAGAAGAAACAGAUAGUAAUUCUUUGAAGUUUGUGGAAGAUUUGAACAAGUAUUUAAGUGAUUCAGAUAAAAUAGCGAUAGAUAAUUACUGCAGUGACACGAAAAUACGUUGCGAUAGUAAUGAUGAAAUCACCGGUGUUAUAUUACAGGAUCUUGAGCUGUCUGGAUUUCCUACAGGCAUUACAAUAGUUAAAGAUACAUUAAAAGAUUUAGACAUGAAAAACACAAAAUUAGAAGGUAACAUUCCAAAUGAAAUUUAUGAGCUAACGAAAUUGGAACAUCUGCGUCUGGAAGAGAACAAUUUUGAUGGUAGUUUAAGCGAUAAUAUUAAAAACCUAGAUAAAUUAAGAGUUCUUAAUUUAACUGGAUCAAGUCUAUCUGGUGAGAUACCUGAUGGUCUGUACUCGAUGACUGAAUUACGAGUUCUGAGCUUAAGAGGUAACAAGUUUAAUGGUGGUUUAAAGGAUGAUAUUAAAAAUCUGGCUAAAUUACGGAAUCUUGAUUUAGCUGACUUGAGUCUAUCUGGAUCGAUACCUGAUGGUAUAUAUGCAUUAAAUGAUUUGACACAUAUACAUUUACAAGGAAACGAAUUUAGUGGUAGCUUAAGUAAUGAUAUUGAAAAUCUGAACAACUUAAAGACUCUUGAUUUAAGUGGUAACAAAGAUAUAUCUGGAUCGAUACCUGAUGGUCUGUAUGCACUAGUUGGAUUAGAAUAUUUAGAUCUUAUGGAUAACAAUAUCAGUGGUAGUUUAUCAUCUAAGAUUGGUGAUAUGACCAUGUUGACUGAGCUAAAUUUGGGUUCAAAUCGAUUAAGUGGAGCUAUACCAAAUGAAAUUGGUAAAUUAAAUAAUCUGAAAGCUUUAGAAAUGCGAGAGAAUGAGUUUGAAGGUGAUAUUCCUGAUUUAAGUGGUCUGACAGGAUUAGAGCAUAUGAACAUUAGCUCAACAAAACACAGUUUAAAUGCGAAAUGUGAUGACAAAAUGUUACCUCCAUCUAUUCAAAAGGAAAAUUGUUUGGUUAGACCUGUAAGUAAACUGUGCGAUAAUGUCACACACUGCGAAUACAGUGAUAAACCUAUACCUAAAUCAUCAGUUGGUUCAAUAUUCUAUACAUAUGGGUUGAAAACGAUUGUUAUGAUGGUAGUUUGCAGAGGUGCAGUAGGGAUGAUAUUAAACUAAACUGUGUAAUUGUGAUAUUUAUAUAAGACAGAAUAAAUGAAACAUGUAGUUACGAAAUAAAAUAUAGAUAAUUUG